UUUUGUUUCCUUGAUUUUUCUUUUCUCUUCAUUUCUUCGUUUGAUGAACCUUUGUUCCUUUUGAAAAUCAAGGAUUUAAGGUGAAUUUACAUUUAUUUUUCUUUAUCAAACCAUUUAUUGUUUUGUUUUCAGUAUUCCGUUCUUUGUUACAGGAGAAUCCGCUAAAACAAACCUACAACUUUUUGAGAUGCAUUCUUAUUUGUCUCCAAGAAUUUUUCUGGAGUCUUGAGAAAUAUAUGGAAUAUACUUUCUUCAAUUUGUUUAUCUUUCAUAGAAUUCAAGUUUGAUUGCCGGCAGCUUGUUAUUUCUGAAAAAAUGAGUUUUCCAAAAACAAGCAUUUUGCGAUCGUAAAAUCCUUGUUCUUGCAUGCAACAAGUUUCUUUGAUCUCUUUAAAAUUUUCAUUCUCCCUUUCCAUUAGUAGAAAAUUUCUUCUUUUUUUCAUUUUUUAUAUAAACAAAAGAAAAGACCUGAAUUAGAGAUCUAUGCAACUUACGAUGGCAAGCUCCAAGAUGAAAAGCCUCUUGAAAGGCCUCCGAUACAUUUCUCAAGUAUUUGAAAGUGGAAAAGAAGAAGAGAUAGAGAUAGGAAAUCCAACGGACGUAAAGCAUGUUGCCCAUAUUGGUUGGGAUGGACCAUCCGCUACUCCUGCCUCCGCACCAAGCUGGAUGAACGAGUUCAAAACUGGAGGCGGGUUUGAAUCUGGACAAGGAGGCGGAGAAGAUGAUUCCUCCGUGAAAUGUAUGUCGGAAUGUGGCAGUCGGACCAGAGAUUUACCUAAACUACCAAAAUCUACGAGGAAAGCGGCAUCUGAGAAAGGUUCCCCGACAAAGGAAAUAUCAUCGGAUAAAACUAAACGGCGUUCUUCGAAAAAAGGAAAAACAUCAUCGUCAAGAAGACCGAAGGAAGUGCCCGAACUAAACGAUCUUUCGUUACCGGAAGUUUCGAAGAAGUCGAGGAGGAAAAAGAAAACAAAAGAAACAGGAGGAUCAACUAGAUCGAUAAGAAGAUCUGACGUGGAUAACAUGUCGGAUUAUAUGUGUGAGACUGGUUCUGUAAGAUCUAUGCCUCAAUUCGACAGUAGAGAUGAUUUUUGAAAAGGAGAGCCAGAAGACAGAGUCUUUCAUGCUUGUACAUUUAAUGAAG